AUGACCGUACCGAAAUCACUUCCAAAGAUCCUCGCCAGGAAGGGCCAAAAGCAAGUGGGCACUUUUGCUUCAGCAGAGAGGGGACAACUUGUUACAGUGGAGAUGUGUGUAUCAGCUUCAGGAGAUCAGAUGCCUCCCAUGUUCAUUUACCCUGGCAGUGCACCGAUUCCAGAGGCAUACGCAGUGGGUGCUCCUGAGAACAGUACUUUUGUCCGAACAUCAAAAGGCUGGAUCGACAAAGAGACAUUUUUUAUCUGGUUUAAAAAAUUUGUCGCAUACACGAGAGCAUCGAAGGAGCGUCCAGUGGCUAUGAUAUGUGAUGGUCACCCAUCACAUAAGUAUAAUCUGGAGCUACUGCAAUAUGCAACGGAUCACGGGGUUAUAAUCAUCUGCCUGCCUCCCCACUGCACACAUAGGAUGCAGCCACUGGAUGUGACGUGUAUGCGUUGA